GGAAAGAAGAGUCACAGAUCUUCAAAGAGAGGUGCUGUGGGACUGAAGAGCCGAGACAUGAGGACUCCAAGCUUGCUGGGGGUUGCACUCCUCUGCCUGUUUGCCAUGGCAGCUGCAACGGAUGAUGAUCACAGUGUCUCUGUGGAAGAAAAUCAGAACUACUUAAGCAACAUCCUAAAGCAGUGUCGUAAUGGACAUUACAAGGACUGGUACCAAACAGGCAGCUACUGUAUAAAGUAUUUCAACACACCAAGGUCCUUCGCCGAUGCCGAGUCUGCUUGCAGGCAUGCAGCUUCAGGGAGUCGCCUGGUCUCCGUGCACGAUGAACAAACAAAUGCGGAUGUCUUGGCUGUCGUGUUGAAAUACAAUUCCUCCUCACCAAGGAUCUGGUUGGGCGGUCAAAGGCUUGGUCAGUCAAAGAAGUUCAUCUGGACAGAUGGUUCUCUUUGGAAUUUCAAGAAAUGGGUUCCAGGUCAACCAGACGACACUCAAAAUAUUGAGAACUGUGUGGAGAUGAACUGGAAAAUCUUGGGAGAAUGGAAUGAUGUUCGGUGCACCGACCAGAAACCUUUCGUUUGUGCCUUCAAGUGGCAGAAGCGGCAGCAGGAGCUGGAAGACUGAAAUGCUGGAAUCGCUCUACGGCACGGCUUAUAAAAAUCAGACGGCACAUGAAAAUUUAAAAACAGAGGAAGAUUCAUACAAAAUGCAAAAUUUUUAAAUGCUUCGCUAAACUCAUGCAAAAUAAAAAACGAAUUAAAUACCAACCA